UAAGGCAGAGGCUUUAACCCAUUGAGCCACCCAGGCGCCCCUGGCAUUCAUCAUGAGACUUUUGAGACCCUUGGUAGAAGGGAUUUUAGAACCAGCAGUCUUUGGAUUAAGUCGGGUGAAAGAGAAAAGAGGGACAUCAUUUCUGGGUGUGGGCAGUGCCCACCACAGUGCCUUCCUUAUACAUAACCAAAAUCUUGUGCCAGUGAGCUCAGCCAUGUUGCGUCCAGAUUCUCCUCAGAAGUGAAACUUUCCAAAGGACCAAUGACUCUGUUCCCUGUGCCCUUUCAUUUUUUCCUACUCUGUAGCUAUGUCUCGAUCCCGCCAUGCAAGACCUUCCAGAUUAGUCAGGAGGGAAGAUCUAAACAGAAAGAAAAGCAGCCAACUGAAGAAGCCAUCUAAGGCAACCAACAAAAAUGUGGCAUCAGUCAAGACUGUGAGCCCUGGAAAAUUAAAGCAGUUACAGUUAAUUCAAGAAAGAGAUGUUAAGAAAAAAAUAGAGUCCAAACCACCUAUGCCAGUCAGAAGCCUUCUGACAAGGGCUGGAGCAGCACGAAUGAAUUUGGAUAGGACUGAGGUUCUUUUUCAGAACCCAGAAUCCUUAACAUGCAAUGGGUUUACAAUGGCUCUCCGAAGCACCUCUCUUAGCAGACGACUCUCCCAACCUCCAGUGAUCAUAGCCAAACCCAAAAAAGUUCCACCUCCGAAGAAUUUAGAAAAGCAACAUGAAUGUGAUUAUAAUGUAGUUACUGACAUGGGAGUAAAACACUCAGAAAAUGAUCCUGUUUCAACGCAAGUCCCCCUAAUUGCUUCUGAUAUAGAGAAUCUAAUUGGUGUACAAAAUGCAUCUUUAUUUAAAGGUGAGAGCCAAGAGACAACCCAGUCUUGGUCCCAAAGGGUGGAGGGUUCCAAAGUAAAUGUCUCCACUCAGAGUGAUCCUGUAGUAGAGAUUGUUUCUGGGUCAUCAGAAGAGACACGUGGUGGCGAAGGACUAUUCUCUAAAGAGACUUUGAAUGAUAUCAAUGAUUCCCCUAGAAUGUUCGCUCAGGACACUCUGUGUGCUCCUUUGCUCCAAAGAGCAGCCCUCAAGGUUACUUAUGAAGGAAACUCCAGCAUUCAGUUAGAAGAUUUGGGGUCACGAGUAGAAUCUCUUAAGCUGACUGAUUCUUACCUGGAUCCCAUCAAAAGUGAACGUGAUUGCUACCCCACCUCAAGCUUUAAUAAGGUUGUACCUGAAUUGGACCUUAGAAACUGUUUGUCCAUUGGUGGGUCCAUAUAUCCUACCUCAUUAAUAAAACUCCUCUUGGCGAGCUCAGAACAAGAAACCCUUGGUGCUAAACCGGAUCAUCAAGAGGUACUCAAAGCUACCCCAGAUCAACCAGAAAUUCUUAAUACCACCCCUGUCAUAGGACAGGCUUUUAGUGCUGUCCCACGUCAAUGGGAAGUUCCUGGUGCUAACAUUCAUGGAGAGGCUCUGGAUGAGACCCCAGACCCACCAGAGAUGCCUGGUGCUAUUCCAGUCCAAGGAGAGGUCUUUGGUGCUAUCCUAGACCAACAAAUCCUUGGAAUGGGUGGUGGUACUGCCUCCGACCCACCUAUCUUUCUUCCUGCUCCUCUAAACCCAAUUGCUACCUAUAAUGCUCUCCCAGAAUGGCCUGAGCCCCAGAGCACUGUUUCAUAUGGGCUUGAGGUCCAGGGCGCUGUGCAGAUUUUGCCCUUGGGCUCUGGUCACACUCCUCAGGCAUCAUCAAACUCAGAGAUAAGUUCGGUACCUCCAAUAAUGACUAUUAGCAAUAUAGAAAAUGAGAAGCAGGUUCAUAUAAGCUUUCUGCCAGCUGACACUCAGGGGGUCCCGUUAGCCCCUGAGCCAGGACUCUUCCAUGCUUCCCAGGGCAUUACCCAACCCUCCCAGGCUGGUCCCAGCCCUUUGGAAGGUGGGAGCUCCCAGAUCGGCAUGACCAGUGUGGCUGACACCAAUACCACAGUGGUGUCCAGGCCAGUGUCACUCGCCAGUACCUCUUCUCCUUCCUAUACAACUUUGCUACCUACUUUGGAAAAGAAGAAACGAAAGCGGUGUGGGGUCUGUGAGCCCUGCCAGCAGAAGACUAAUUGUGGUGAAUGUACUUACUGCAAGAACAGAAAGAACAGCCAUCAGAUCUGUAAGAAAAGGAAAUGUGAGGAGCUGAAAAAGAAACCAUCCAUCAUCGUGCCUUUGGAGGUUAUAAAAGAAAACAAGAGGCCCCAGAGGGAAAAGAAGCCCAAAGUUUUAAAGGCAGAUUUUGUCAACAAACUAGUAAAUGGCCCCAAGUCAGAAUCCAUGGAAUACAGGAGGAGCUAUGGGGGGGAACAGAGAUUGGAAUUAAACCCACCUCCUCUCGAAAAUGUGACUAAAAAUGAAGAAAGUAUGACAGGUAUUGAAGUGGAGAAGUGGACGCAAAACAAGAAAUCACAUUUAACCGAUCAUGUCAAAGGUGAAUUUAAGGCAGUUGUGACGGAAGCUGAAAAAUUACAAAAUUCUGAAGAUGACAGGAAAAAAGUCCUACUUACUGAUCUAAUUGAGCCUCAGAAAUUGUUUGCACAAACUGUAAGAAAUGGCAUUAAAAAUGUACACUAUUUACCAACCGAAACAAAUGUGUCUUUUAAAAAAUUCAAUAUUGAAGAAUUUGGCAAGGCAUUUGAAAACAACUCCUGUAAAUUCCUGAAAGACACUGCCAACCAUAAUGCCAUGAGUUCUGUUGUCACUAGUGCGAGCUGUGAUCAUCUCAAAGGAAGAAGUAAUGUUUCAGUCUUCCAGAAAUCUGGCUUUAACUGCAAGUCUUUUCCAAAUCCUGCAACUUUCCACUUAAAUAGUCCUACUAGUACACACAAUGAAAGUGAUCAACCCAAAUCUCUAGAAAAUAUACCAAGUAAAGAACCAAAAGAUGGAUCUCCAGUUCAACCAAGUCUUCUAUCCCUAAUGAAAGAUAGGAGACUAACGCUGGAGCAAGUUGUGGCCAUAGAAGCUCUCACCCAACUGUCAGAAGCCCCAUCAGAAAAUUCCUCACCAUCAAAAUCAGAGAAGGAUGAAGAAACUGAACACAGAACAGCGAGUUUGCUUAAUAGCUGUAAAGCUAUCCUCUAUUCUGUACGAAAAGACCUCCAAGACCCAAACUUACAAGGGGUGCCAGAAAGCCUUCAUCACUGUCCAUCUUUGGAAAAGCAGAGUUCAUGCAACACGGUGGUAUUCAAUGGGCAAAACAUUUCCAAGUCACACCACAGCUCAGCUGCUAACCAGACAACUUCAAAAUCGCAGGAGUAUUCAAAAGUCACAAAUUCAGUCCCUCAUUUCAUACCAAAUUCAAAUUCAUCUAAAAUUGACACCAGUAAAAAUGUUGCUCAAGGUAGAAUUACUCUUGAUAGUUCUAAGAAUUUGCAUCAGUUGCCACCAACAGGUGAUAAAUUGGGGCAUUGUAACCAGUCAUUGGCCAGCAGUAAAAAGACAGACCUAAAAGACGAUCCAUCGUGUCUGAAUACAAUACACAGCAAAAUAGAGGAGGACGUUGCAACGCAGUUAACACAACUUGCAUCAAUAAUUAAAUUCAAUUACAUAAAACAAGAAGACAAAAAGGUUGAAAGUACACCAACAAGCCUUGUUGCAUAUAAUGUACAGCAAAAGUGUAGUCAGGAAAAGGUCACAAUACAACAGAAACAACCUUCCAGUGUACAAAAUAACCAUAGCUCAUCAUUGACAAAGCAAAAGAACACAACACAGAAAAAGACAAGAGCUACCCCAUCAAGAGAUCGGCGGAAAAAGAAGCCUGUAGUCAUAAGUUGUCAAGAAAAUGACCAGAAAAAACAGGAACAGUUGUCAUAUGAGUAUAGUAAGUUACAUGACAUUUGGAUAGCAUCUAAGUUUCAAAGAUUCGGUCAAUUUGGUCCACAUGAUUUUCCCAUUCUGUUGGGGAAAAUUCCUCCCCUAACCAAAGUAUGGAAACCACUGACUCGAAGGAGUUCAGCGUUAGAACACAAAAAAUUAUUUCCUCCACUCACUCAGAUAAAAUUUGAGCGUUAUUAUCCUGAAUUAGCACAGGAAAGAAACAUGAAGGUUGAACCGUUGGAUUCUCUCCCAUUAUGCCAGUUAAAGACAGAAUCCAGUGGGCAGGCGUUUACAGAAAAAGUUUAUAAUUCUCAGGUACAGCCAACAGUGAAUGUCAAUCAGAAAGCUCACCCUUUACUCCAGCCCUCCUCUCCUGCUAACCAGUGUGCUAACGUAAUGGCUGGCGAUGACCAAACACAGAUCCAGGGGGAUGUUCAAGACCAACUCAUGCAUCAGAAACUGUCAACAUUGCCUGGUAUCUCCCAUGAAACCCCCUUACCAGACCCAGCACAAAUUCUCAGGAAUGUCAAUGUAGUAUGUUCAGGUGGGAUCACGGUGGUUUCGACGAAGAGCGAAGAGGACGUCUGUUCAUCUAAUGUUGGAGCAUCAGAAUUUUCCCAAGUAGACAGUGCACAGAAAAGUUUUAAUGAUUAUGCCAUGAACUUCUUUACCAAUCCUACAAAAAACCUGGUGUCCACCACGAAAGAUUCUGAAUUGCCAACCUGCAACUGUCUCGAUCGAGUUAUACAAAAAGACAAAGGCCCAUAUUAUACACACCUUGGGGCAGGACCAAGUGUUGCUGCUGUCAGGGAAAUCAUGGAGAAUAGGUAUGGUCAAAAAGGAAAUGCAGUAAGGAUAGAAAUUGUAGUGUACACGGGAAAAGAAGGAAAAAGCUCUCAUGGGUGUCCAAUUGCUAAGUGGGUUUUAAGAAGAGGCAGCGAUGAAGAGAAAGUUCUUUGUUUGGUCCGGCAACGUACGGGCCAUCACUGUCCAACAGCUGUGAUGGUGGUUCUCAUUAUGGUAUGGGACGGCAUUCCUCUGCCCAUGGCCGACAGAUUGUACACGGAGCUUACGGAAAACCUAAAGUCAUACAAUGGUCAUCCCACAGACCGAAGAUGCACGCUCAAUGAAAAUCGCACCUGUACAUGUCAAGGAAUUGAUCCAGAGACCUGUGGAGCUUCAUUCUCUUUCGGCUGUUCAUGGAGUAUGUAUUUCAAUGGAUGUAAAUUUGGUAGAAGCCCAAGCCCUAGAAGAUUUAGAAUUGAUCCAAGCUCUCCCUUACACGAGAAAAACCUUGAAGAUAAUUUACAGAGUUUGGCUACACGAUUAGCUCCAAUUUAUAAGCAGUAUGCUCCUGUUGCUUAUCAAAACCAGGUAGAAUACGAACACGUGGCCCGAGAAUGUCGGCUUGGUAGCAAAGAAGGGCGUCCUUUCUCUGGAGUCACCGCUUGCCUCGACUUCUGUGCUCAUCCUCAUAGGGACAUUCACAACAUGAAUAAUGGAAGCACUGUGGUUUGUACUUUAACAAGAGAAGAUAACCGCUCCUUGGGGGUUAUCCCUCAGGAUGAGCAACUCCACGUUCUACCGCUCUACAAACUCUCAGACACAGAUGAGUUUGGCUCUAGCGAAGGAAUGGAAGCCAAGAUCCAGUCUGGAGCCAUUGAGGUGCUUGCCCCCCGCCGUAAAAAAAGAACACGUUUUACCCAGCCAGUUCCUCGUUCUGGGAAGAAGAGGGCAGCAAUGAUGACAGAAGUUCUCGCACAUAAAAUAAGAGCUGUGGAGAAGAAAUUCAUUCCUCGGAUCAAGCGCAAGAAUCACGGGACAACAAACAGUAGCAAGGCUUCAUCGCUGCCGCUUUUAGGGAAUAAAACCGAAGCCUUGCAACUUGAAAUAAAAAGUGAAACUGAACCCCAUUUUAUCUUCAAAGGUUCGGACAACACUAAAACCUACUCAUUGACCCCAUCCAUUCCUCACCCAUUGAAAGAGGCAAACAUACCUCCAGGUUUCUCCUGGUCCCCUAAGACGGCGUCAGCCACCCCAGCUCCUUGUAAGAGGGAUGCGUCCGUUCCCUACGGGUUUUCAGAAAGAAGUAGCAAUCCCCACUGCACGGUGCCUUCUGCGAGACACAGCGGUGCUAAUGCAGCUGCAGGGGAAUGCACUGGAAUUGCACAGCCUGGCGAGGUGGUUUCUCUGCCUACGCUGCCCGCUCCCGUGGCAGACACCCCGGUUUAUUCUGAGCCGCCCACUGGUCCGUCUGAACAGCCACCUUCCAGUCACCCGAGCCAGCAGCCCCCCUGCACCACCUGCCCCCAUGACCUGGCGUCCUCUCUGGUGGAAGACGACGAGCAGCAUUCUGAUGCCGACGAGCCUCUGUCUGACGACCCCCUGUCCGACGACCCCCUGUCCCCCGCGGAGGAGAAGCUGCCCCACAUCGAUGAGUAUUGGUCAGACAGCGAGCACAUCUUCCUGGACGCCAACAUCGGUGGGGUCGCCAUAGCGCCUGCCCACGGCUCGGUUCUGAUCGAGUGUGCGCGGCGGGAGCUUCACGCCACCACGCCCGUCGAGCACCCGAACCGGAACCACCCCACUCGCCUCUCCCUCGUUUUCUACCAGCACAAAAACCUGAAUAAGCCCCAACACGGUUUUGAACUAAACAAAAUUAAGUUUGAGGCGAAAGAAGCUAAGAAUAAGAAAAUGAAGGCCUCAGAGCAGAAAGACCAGGCAGCUAGUGAGGGUCCCGAACUGUCCCCUGAAGUUAAUGAAUUGAACCAAAUUCCUUCUCAUAAAGCGUUAACAUUAACCCAUGACAAUAUUGUCACCGUGUCCCCUUAUGCUCUCACACAUGUUGCAGGACCCUAUAACCAUUGGGUCUGAAGGCUUUUCUCCCCUUCUUAAUGCCUUUGCUAGUGCAGUGUAUUUUUUCAAGGUGCUGUUAAAAGAAAGUCAUGUUGUCGUUUACGUAUCUUCAUCUCACCCAUUUGAAGGCGGAGGUAAAAAAAAACAAAACAAAAAAACAAAAAUGGGGUGGGUAUUUCUUAACUGUGACUAUAUUUUGACAAUUGGUAGAAGGUGCACAUUUUAAGCAAAAAUAAAAGUUUUAUAGUUUUAAAUACAUACAGAAAUGUUUUGGUUAGGCGUUAACCUUGAUAGAAUCACUCAGUUUGGUGCUUUAAAUUAAGUCUGUUUACUAUGAAACAAGAGUCAUUUUUAGAGGAUUUUAACAGGUUCAUGUGCUAUGACGUAAAAUCAAGACACAGUGUUAACUCUACACAGCUCCUGGUGCUUACCCACAUCAACAGUUAAAAAUAAGCUGCAUUAUUAUUUCAUGGUGCCAUCGUUCCAACAUCUUCCAAUCAUUGCUAGAAUAUCGGCAUAUUCCUUUGAAAUAAACCAAUGAAAUGUUUUCUCUCUCAAAAUCUCUCUCCUGUAUAAAGUAAUUCAUUAUUGUUAAUAAUGGUUGGAGGCUGUUCAUAAAUUGUAAAUAUAUAUUUUAA